CUGUAGCCAGAUGUUACUGUAUUCAUACUGCCUUGACGAGGUUACGGUGUGACGACAUGGCAGCCCAAAAAGCUGUCGAGCUCCCGAACGAGCUUGCGGAGCUGGGAAUUGCAUGGAACGAGCCUUUACCUGAAAUUGCUGAGGUUAUUGCUGCGAAGCUAAUCUGCAGCCCUCACGCGCUUCUACAUCUUGCCGAGGUUUCGCGCUUCUGGCACGAUUUCCUCAGUCAGCCACAAGUCUGGGAGCGCCUUAGCGCCGCUCGUUUUGGCGAGGAAGCGGCGCCAGCUCCGCUGCAGCCGCCCGUGUGGUUGCCCGAAUGGAGCUUUAUUCAGGGACUGGACUCGGGUGGCAACGACGUCGCCACUCCUGACGACACCUGUACCGACCGCUCCCCCGCCGCGUUGGCGAGGCUGGCGGACGCACGUGGUGGUGUGGCAUUUAACACCAAUGGCUGGGUGAAGCGCGCGCUGCUGCCGUUUGCGCGCUGGGAGCGGUUCAGUUACGAGCCUGGGGCAGGCACGUACGUCCGCAGUCGCGCGCUGGUGCACCAGCUGGGCAUGCCGCCGCGGCCCGAGCAGCUGCAGGGCCCAGAGGAGGCGGAGGGCGCCGGGGCGGGAGGGGCAGUGCUGGCCCGGCCGCCCCAGUUCCCGGGCUGGGUGUAUUACGCGCUGCUGGACUCGCCCGGCAGCGACGUGCGCCACCCGGCUACAGGGGAGAUGCACUUCCGCUCCAGCUGCGCCAGCCUUGCGGAGCUGGCAGCGGUGGCGGCCGAGUACCCGGGAGUGGUGGCGUUCAACAGCAGCGGUGUGCUCAAACACGACAUUGAGCCGCAGGUGCACUGGCGGAGGUGGGCCGAGUCGGCCUGGUGUGGGCUGUACGUGAAGGCGGAGGUGGUGGCGGCCAGGAGCCUGCUGCAGCCACUGCCCAGUGGCGGCCUGGACCCGCGGUUGCGUUUCUUCCAACGUGGCCAGACCCGGCUGCUGGCGGCCAGGGACGUGGACGUGACAUGGCUCAACAACUCCUAUCUGUCGAGGCGGCCUGACCCUCAGGGUCCGGGGCAGGGCGCGGGCGGCGGGGUGCAUGAUCACGAGGAGGAGGACGACGACAGUGAUCAGGAUGCGGAUCCGGAGGACGCAGAUCAGGAUGAGGAGGGUGACGAUGGACACGUGGACAACGAUGAUUACGACUACGAUGAUGAUAAUAAUGACAAUCGCCACUUCCGGAGUGAUGACGGCGGUGGUGGUGGCGGCGACGGAGAUGGGGAGGGGGGGCCAGGGCAAGGUGCUGGUGGCGGCGGUGGUGGUGGAGAGGCAGCGGGCGCGGGAGCGGGACCGCCGCCACAGCCUCCGGUGCAGGUGGUUCAGCUGCACAACGUGUGCUGGCUCAACCUGGAGGGCACCUUCCUCGGCGUGGGCCCGGGCCGCUACCGGGCCAGCUGGUGGCUGCGCGUGGGGCGCGACUGCAACAUAGAGGCGCUCAACUUCAAAUGCCGCCUGCUUGCCAAGCGGCCCUACCCCACCUCCGCCGGCGCCCCUACCUCCACCCCCGCCGCCUCCUCCGCCCCAGCCCCAGCCACCGCCUCCAUCCCCACCCCCACUCUCACCGGAGCCGCCCCCCGGGGUACCGCCGUUGGCGGAGGUGCCGUCGGCGCCGCGACCGCUGCAGCCUCUGCUGCCGCUGCUGCCGCCGCUGCUGCUGCUGCUGCCGCCGCUGCUACAUCCUUGGAUUUGUCAUGUGCUGUGCCGGGUCCGGAGCCCAGGUCAGACCUGGACGUCAGUGAGGUGGAUCAGGGGGAGCUGAUGGACCAGGCGGGCAGGGGCUGGUACGAGCAGGCCGCGGGCGAGUUCGAGGUGCCGCCGGGCGCCAUCUACGAUGUGGCCGUCAGCCUGUGGAACCACGACAGUUGGUGGAAGAGGGGGCUCAUGUUCAAGGAGCUCGUGCUCACGCCGCUGGCCGCCGGCGCCGCCUCGGACCGCGCCGCCCGCGCCGCCGCUGACGUCGCCGCCGACGCCGUGUCGCCCACGCCACUGCCGCCGGGUCUGGAGCCGAGUGUGACGCACUUUGACGCGGCGGCGGGGCUGCGGCGGCGACCCAACGGCGCCGUGUCGAGCUGGCAGGACGUGCACCCCGACCGCCGCAGCAACGUGCUCACCUUCUUCAGAGGCACCGGCGCCGCCAGCCGCUGCACCCGCCUGUACGAGCCGCCACCGCCGCCUCCGGUUGUAGCAGCAGCAGCAGCAGCAGCAGACGCAUCAGCAGAUGCAGAUGCAGCAGAACCGCCGGCAGUAGCAGGGGCAGCACGCGCAGAAGGCGGAGGAGCAGGGGAUGCUGCCGGCCCCUCGGCAGCCGGCGCAGCCCUGGCCCCGGUGGCGGCGGCGGCGGCGGCGGCGGCGGCGGCGGCGGCGGCGGCUUCAGAUCCGGGCCAGGCGGAUUCGGCGGUGGGGGUGCGGCUGGGUGGCCGAACUGCGGCCAACGUAGCCGUGUCGUUUGACGGGCGGGGAGGGGCGCGCAUGGAGGACGCCGCGCUCCCCAACUGGAGCGCCAGUCCCGAGGCGCCCUUCACCUUUGUGUGGAUCGGCCGCUUCGCCCGCUCGCCGCGGCAGCACGAGCAGUGGCUGCUCAGCCUCAACCGCACCGUCACCAACUACGACCAGGAGUUGUGCUGGAGCACACACCAGCUGUUCACCUUCACCAUCGAUCAGGAGUUCUCCAUGGUCCACAACUACGAAGUUGACCGGACCGCGCUCCAGGGCAGCAGCAUGGCGCUGCUGGACGCAGCAGCAGGGGAGGCUGGCGAGAGCCGGCACGUGCACGCGCCGGAGAACACCUGGACGAUGGAGGCGGUUGUCCGCGAGGCGGGCGGCACGGCAGCCGCCUACCACCGAUGCGCCGCCGCGCCCUACCCCUCCAACGGCGGGGCUGCCGCGCCCGGCGGCGCUGCCGCCGGCACUCGCGCGGAGGCCGCUAGUGGCGGGGCCGGACACGGCGCGAACACGGGGGGGCGGCGGGGGCCGCGGCUGCUGACGUGGCGCCUGGACUCCGCGCCGCGUGCGGUGGGCGGCGCCGAUCUCAACGUGGGCUGCGACAUGCGCGACCUGCAACACAACAUCAACGCCAAGUUCCUGCGCGGCGACAUGGCCGUGCUACUCAUCUACAACCGCGCCCUGCCCACACACGAGCUGCAGCAGCUGGCACAGGCGUACGCGCCCCGAUUCGGAUUCUGAGCGGGUUCUACACCGUGCUGUGUGUGUCGUGGAGCUUCGGUAGGUCAACGAGAGAAGCGUUCGAAAUUGACAUGGUGGAGGCCUGGAGGGGGCCGAAUGGGCGGGCGGGUAGUUGGGCACGCUGUAUCGUAGGAGGCCACGUGUCAUGCGCGUGUGGGGUUUGAACAGGCAUGAUGAGAGAGUGAGAGAGGCUCGGCGCAGCAGGGGCACUGCAGAGGCUGAUGCCCCCAAAGGCGUCGGCGCCCCCACAAUUGGCGCGCGCGGCGCAUUCGUGGCUAACAUGGCACAGCCAGCCGAAAGACUGCGAGUGCACGACUGCUGCUGACUGGCGCUUGGGAGGUGGAGUUGUGACAUGAUACUAAGGGUGGCAGGAUGAUUUGGGGGCACGAAGCCGUAUCGCCGCUGCUUGGCUGCUACGCAACGCACCAUGAGGGGGAACGGGAGCGGAGGCGGGAAGCGGCACAACCCGGUCGCUGCGCCCAAGGCUGCGCCCGCCUCCGGCCGAUCGUGCAGGAAGCUGCCUGCCCUGAACCUGUCAAAUGGAGAUGGAGCCA